AUGGACGAACUAUUUGACUAUCCGGAUGAAGAGAACAAUGAUGAUCAAAAUGACGAUCAAACUCAGAGACGUGAUAGUGACGAUUCCUUUAUCGUCGACGACGAUAGGAGUGUAGAAGAUUUUGAAGGAGCGAGUGACAACAGGGAAGAUUCCAAUGAUGACGACUACGACUUCUUAUUCGGAAUCCCCCAGGAAGAUAAAGCAGAAGAGGAGAACAAGGUAAAGAGGCGGGUCAAGGACCUCGAGAAGUUACUGUCCUCUAGAGCAGGGGCCUACGACGAGUUUGAAGGCACGGAGGACGAGAUCCGGUACACACUAGAGGACCUGUCCUACUUUUACAAGAGUCGGCAGGCGUUGGAGCUGGAACUCCUGUCGCUUUUUUCAGGCCUGAUCAAAAGGGAGAAAAUAUCGCAAACGAAGAAUCACAUGAAAAGUUCUAAGGAAUACCAAGCCACAAAUGUGGAAAACUUAUUCACAGAUAGGGAAACGGCCAGAAAAGAUGAUGGGAAUAAAAAUAAAUUUCAGAAAUAUAAUAUAAAUAAGAGGAAGCAAAGCGAGAAGACGAUGAAUAAGUUCCUGAAGAAUAUAAUAAAGCAGACGUUCAGGAAUGACCAGCCGGAGGGAAGAUUCGGAAGGUUCUCAAAGGACAAGGAGAACGCGUCGCACCUGAGAAGCAUGGAUACAGGCUACGAGGGAGAUGAGAACGUGCUGGUGACAAUAGACUCAGAAGCAGUGGCGAAUUUGAGGGACAUAAACACGCUCCUGCAUAGGGAAAGGAGAGGAGACUACGAGGAGAUGGAGGGAGUGCCGCUGUACAAAUACCCGAGGUGCGCGUCGAUAUACAUCUUUUCGCACAAUUUUAUGUCCUCAUUCAUCCUGCCGCUGUGCUCAGUGCUGAACAGAGGCUCGGUGAGUGAGGCGAUAGACGUGGAUCAGCUGGUAAAUGAGCUGAUAUACUUCUUCUACCAGAUAACGCAGCCGCCAUCGGAGAACUGGUACAACUACUGGAUGACUGCACAGAGCAUAUAUAAGGUGAUUAACCUGCAGCUGCUGCAGUCGCUGGGCAAGGAUUCUCAGGACGCGCCGAACAGAAGUUUCAAAGGCGACGAGGAGAAGAACAGCAACGUGAAGAUUGAGUUGAAAUAUAGAACGAGAGUAAUAGACAGUUACAUAAAAGGGCUGAAUACACUGCGCAGCGCGAUGGAAAGCAGUGAGAUAUGGUCGAUCAUAGGAGAGUUCAGGCUUAAGUUGGAGCACUUUAAGCAGAACGGAUACAUAAGUAAGGAGGACCUGGAAGAGCUGAAUAGCAUGAAGGAGCUGCAGCAGAGUCUGUCGACGGAGCGAGAUAACCUGAUAAAGGAAGUGGAGCAGCUGGAGGAGGAGGAAGACCGAUCAGAGCUGAACAGACUGAGAAAGGACAGAGAACUGGCACAAGAGGUUAGAAAUGCAGCAAUGGCAAAGAAGAAGAGAAUAAAGCAGAUAAGAAGAGAGUUGUACGACGUGACGACGAACAUAAACGAAGUGAAUAAGAGAGUGGACGCAACGAGGACGAAGUCGGAGUUCCACAUGCAGACGGUGAGAAUACUGAUCUCGCAAGUGCUGACGAUCAAGUCGAACAUGGGCAUGCUGUACAUAUUCAACGAACUGGGAAUACUGACGCUGAUAAGGCAGGAGCUGCUGAUGUUCUUCAGAACAAUAAGGAAGGCAAUCGUGCCAGUGACGUACGUACCGGAUCAGACGGUGGACCCAGGAGCCUCAAAGACGGAUGAAAACGCAGUCCCGGAGCAGCAGCACGAGGAAAAGGGGGACUACGAAUACUACCCGAGUUACCUUACACAGCUGGAGAGGAACAUGCUGUGGCAAUACGUGAGGAUAGUGUACAACAUCCUGUCAGGAAUUAACGUCACGAGUUUACUAGGGGAAGUAAAAGGAGUAAAGGGAGAAGAUAAGGCGCACGGCGAAAGAGAUUCUAAGGAAGGAGGUGGCAGUAGUAGCAGCUCAAGAGAUACUGGAAGUAGCACGAAUCGAGUCAACGGCAGCGGAAAUAGGAACGGCCACCAGCAACAAGGAGUUAACAACUAUAAAAGCAGAGAUCAGCUGCUGGAGGAGAGAGAUAGGAUGGAAAGAAGUUACCUGAUAGAAAUGUACAGAAUGAACCCAAAAUUGUACAAUAAGUUCAACGACAGAGUGUUCAGCUACAACGUAAGGAGCGCAAACUAUAACCAGAAGAAUAACUACCACUACACCUUUAAGUACUCGCACACGACGGGAGGAAGUAACGAGGCGACGAGGGAGGAGAAGGACAAGGAGAGUCUGCAGAAUGAGCUGAACCUGCUGAUAGGAAUAAACAGCAGCCUGGAGCACAUAUCCUUCUCGAAUAACACGGCGAGAGAAGGAGAGGUGGUCGCAGAGAAGAAGGAGGUGGACUACGAGUUGGUGCUUAUGCUGCUGGUGUGCUGCUACGACAUCAACAGGGAGGUGGACGAGGAGUACUACGAGCCGUACGACAGGCUGAUACUCUUCAACAUCAAGUCGUUCGUAAUAAGGUACUACUCGAUGGUGUACGUGAAGCACAGCGCUAAGAAAGCGCCGAAGACGAUGCCGACGUCACUGCUCUUCCUGGCAAUCAAGAGGUACAUAGGAGAGGACAACAUCUUCACUAAGCUGCUGCUGACGUACCUGAAUCAGCUGGUGAAGAAACUCAACUACCAGAACAACCAGGUCAUAAUACAGCUGAUUCAGAACGCACACACGGAAUUGUCGUUCAUCCAGUCGUUUCACACGAGCGCGAGUCUGAGCGGAAAGGAGACCAGUGGAUCCAAGGAUGAUGGCGGAGUUGCGAACGGGAAUGUGGAUGGAGACGGGGGAGAAGGAAGUGGUGGCAGUGACCCGAAGCGGGACAAGGAGCAGGCGGAGAUGGAGGAGGAGUACAUAAACAACAUCUGCAAGGAGUUCUUCGUCGAGUACAUAAAGAAUAACAUCAGGCUGAUGAUGUUCAACCUCCUGAAAAACUUUAAGAUGUCCUACAACAGAGUGCUCUUCGUGUCGUCGCUGAGACUGGUGCUGCUGCUGGAGAAGCUGGCGCUGAAGAUAGGCGCGAUCGAGUUCGUGCCUAUCACAGGAUACAGCAGCAACGAGCGUCUGCUGGGAAAGGACCUGGACGACGAAUUCUGGGACGAGGAGGACGAGGACCGCGAGGAGGACACGUGGGACCCGAAGGGAAGGAAGAAGCUGGUGCGCGUGGACGAGAGGAACAUCUACAACUGCAAGAACAACAACUUCGUGAGGAACGACAUACUGAGGAACGGAAGAAUAGUGCACAACGCAAUGCUGCUGCUGUUGAGCAGGAACAGCAGGGGGAAGGAUGUGCUGCUGGCGUACCUGGACAAGGUGCCGAGGGCACUCCUGUACGACUUUAAGUACUUCCUGCUGAUCAACUCGCACCUUAACAACUCGGUGCCGACGGUGAACACGUCCCGGGGGCUCAACUUGGGGACCAGGUUCGGAAUGAGGAAGGAGCAGGCCGCAGGCGCGAAGACGGAAAACGCACUUUUCAUGGAAAUAGUUGAAAGCUUUAUGGACAAGUGGCUGCUGGAGGACAACAAGGUGAUGCUGCUGGAGCUCUUCCUAAACAAGAACGUGGCGACAGUGUCAGCAUCGACGAGUCGAGUGAACUAUAACAUAAACAGCAAGUUCUACAUCGACCCGAUAGAAAGCAACGACUACCUGAACUGUCCAAUAGUGCAGGGCGUCAUGGACCAGGACCAGGAGGACAUCGUCGACAUCAUGGCGAACCUGAGCAUAAGCAAGGAGGAGCAGAAGGUGGAGAGGAAGGCGAAGAUCGACGACCAGCUGCUGCUGCAGUACUACAACAGGUUCAAGUACAUGAACGAGGGCGUGGUCAAGUACCUCUCGGACCUGCUGAACAUACCGGCGAAGCAGCUGCAAAGGCACCUGGAUGAGCUCCUUGAGACGAAUGCAGGUGCUGGCGUAGGAAGCGGUACUGGGCCUGGCGGAGUACAGGACGGCGUAGAAGAGGUUAGCAAGCAUACCAGAAAGGGCGCGAGUGGCGGCGCCAAGUACGAUAAGGAGUCGUUGAUUAGAGUCAUGGCACGCUUUUACGCCGAACACAAAGACGACGCCCUGGACGUCAUGAGGGAGAUGCACGAAAACCUGCUGGAAAGCGCGGAAAUGUAUAAGCUGAGUGGGUUAGAAGUGGAGGUGAUAGAGCCAAUUCAGCUCACUGAGGAGCUGAAGCGAAGUGGCCACUACGAGAAACUCCUGGCGCACCUGAACGUGGAGGAGGCGACCAAUGUCCUCAAGGGAGUCGAAGGACUAGAACCUAAGCUGGAGGCGCUAAGGGAGUUCGUCGAAAGCCCCUUCUUGCCCAAGGCCGAGGAGAAUGAAGUGGAGGCUGCAGAGGCUGAUCAGGAGUGGGAGGAGGUGGUGGACGUCCACAACGUGACCAGCAAGGACAUAAUAAAGCUUUUGAUAGAUCUGAGUUCGCUGUACGACUUUGAGAAUGAUGACGACCUGUUCGAUGAGGGGGAGCCGCCUAAAGUCUCUGCAGAGGUUGACGGCACCCUAGUACCCGAAGUUGAGCCACAGCAGCAACAAGUACCUGAGCAACAACAACCAACUGUACCUGAGCAACCUGUGUUAGAGCAACCAUAUGAGGAACAACAACCACCUGUACUGGAACAACAACAACCAACUUUACCGGACCUACAGCAACCACCUGUAAGGGAACACCAAACAGUACUGGAACAAAAGGUUGAUAAACAGAGGAGAUAUGAGUUGAUCCUGGAAGAGGAAAGGAAGAAGAUCAACGAGUUGCUGGACGUGUGCUUCGAUAUCAUAAGUAACUCAGAUAAGAGCGACUACGUAAGGUACUACUCAUUCAGCAACAUGCAUCAAGAUGAGUUGAAGGUUUCGGAUGCAAGUGAGGGAGACUAUGGCAUGGAUGUUGACGUUAAGUUUGAAAAGCUGAACGUAUCGAGAGAGUUGCUGAUGAGGAAGCUGUUGAAAUACUGCAACAUAGAGGUGAAGAAUAACAUAAUAAAGCUGGUUGACAACAAGGUAAACCCCGAAAUAGUGAAGAACCGUCUAAACAUCAUCAAGUCGCUCCACAAACUGUCUAAGCUUCAGCUGAUAGACAUAUUGAGCAGACAGCAGGAGCAGACUAUGGGCCACGACAAUGAGGUGGAGGAGCCAGAUUUUGAAGAAAACAUGGCCAAAUAUGACAACGAAGCACAAGAACACACCUUUGACUACUCAGGCAUGGAUUUUAGCAAGAAAAAGACGCCCAGACGCGGUGUAAGUAGGAGCAUCGAUGUUGACAAAGGUGAUGAGUAUGAUAACAGGGACUUUGAUAAAGAUCAUGGUGCCGAUAAAGACGAUAAGGGCGAUCAGGAAAGUCUGUCAGGGUUCAGAAAGAAAUUGGAUAAAGUUAAGAAGGUUCAGGGUAAGCGAACUGUGAAGGAAAGCAAGAGAAAGAAGAAGCUCAAGAAGUCACAACUCGGCGAUGCAGAAGAACUAGAUAACGAGAAUGAAGGCGGUGAUGAUGCCAGUGUUGAUUACAAUGAUUCAUUUGAAGCUAAACUAGCAGAAAAUGAUGGUGAACGACCAACUGACCGUUAUGGUGUGCAUCAAACCAAAAAGUUAGUCGAAGGGGCAAAAACGUCAAAACAAACGGCAGGAAAACAGCCCAAACAGCCACGUAAACAGAGACAGAAGAGGAAGUUAGGGGAAGAAGUGCAUCCGGAGACUCAGCCAACUGCACGAGAGCACGAGGAACUGGGGGACGGAUUUGAUUAUCGCAGUUUAGUAGGAGUCAAAACGCGUGAUUCCGCUGUCGACAAGGUCGAAAGAGAACAUAUUCGUGAACUCGCCGGCUUCAAGAGGGUGCCGGAUAUAGUCAUUGAAAUUCACAACAGGUCUCUGGCGCUUGCUAAGGAGCAGAAGCUCUCAAACAGUAUGAAUUACAAAAGACUAAUGGAGUACACUUCAGCAAUUUCCUGA